AUGCAUGGUCUUAAUGCUGUUUCGCACUUUGGAGACCGUUUGAAUAAAAUAUAUAGAGAUUUGGAUUGUGACAUAAUAACAAACGCCACCAUGGAUAAUCCGGAUGCGUGGCGAUUUGUUAGAAACGUAGGUGGUAAUGCUAAAUUUUUGGACUCUACGGCCUGGAAUGAUCAGAAUAAUCUUUUAUAUCUUCAACAUCUUAAAGAUCAAGUGCCAAAUGGUAAUGGUGUUUAUACUAUAGAUUGGUCUACUAUAGUCUGUUAUGGUAGUAGUGGUGAAUUUUCAUUUUCGGAUGAAGAGUUUGAUUCCAUUCUUAGGAACAAAACUAAGCCCUCUGCUGGUGGUGAAGACAAGGUGACAUAUGAAAUGAUCCGAGCUUUGUCUCCUUUAGCUCAGAGAUCCUUACUUACUGCUCUUAGUUAUGCCUUUUUGGAACAUAAUAUUAAGGAUUCUUGGCGCAUUAUCAAAAUAGUCCCCAUUCCUAAAAAGGGCAAGGAUUUGAGUGAUUAUCGCAAUUUUCGUCCGAUUUCGUUAAUUUCAGUUUUCCUGAAGCUUAUCAACCUUAUGAUAAAGGACAGAAUGAUAGAGUACUGUGAUGAGAACCAUCUUCUUCCUGAUAGGACGUUUGUCUACAGGAAGCACAAAUCGGCAUCCAUAUGUUUAAAUGAGAUUUUACUGUGUAUUGCUACUCUUAAGAAGAAUGGAUUCAAAGUUAUUUUACUGGCUCUUGAUAUCAAUAAUGCUUAUAAUUGUGUGAACAACAACUUACUCAAUAGAAUGUUAUUGGAUGGUGGUUUUCCUGCAGUUUAUGUUAAAUGGAUUUAUAAUUUCUUGGCAGAGCGUGUUCUGAAACUGGGUGAUGACCAAGUUGUCGUUUCUGAUGGUCUACCACAGGGCAGUUGCCUGUCUCCCUUUUUGUUUAACCUGUAUACGGCUUCCUUGCACAAUGCUGAAGAUGAAUCAACGAAAAUUUUUCAAUUUGCUGAUGAUUUUCUUAUACUAACGUUUGAUAAGGACUUUGAUGUCGCGGUUAACAAGAUGAAUUUCAGGAUUCGUGAAUUUUCUCGGAGAUGUCUUAAUCUGAAUCUCUCCUUUAAUCUUGAUAAAACAAAGACUAUAUACAUUGCCAAAGGCAGUCGUAAAGAAAUAGUUGUUAUCUCUCUGAACAACACUCGUAUUGAGCAUGUUAAGAAACUUAAAUAUCUUGGGCGUACGAUCAAUAUGUCGUCGACAGUUGGUGAUCAUUAUGAAAGAGUUUUAUCUGAGGCAAGGAAUAGUACCAAUCUUAUUAAAUCAUUAUCGACUGUAAAAGGUGGUUUACAACCUAAAGUGUCUAUAAAUUUCUUCAAGAGUUUUGUCAGAUCCAAAAUUGAGUAUUCGAGAACUACAACGGCUCAUUCGCCUACUUCGAUUAAUCGGAAAAUAAUUACCUUUCAAAAUUCCGUUUUGCGCAGAUGUUUGGGGUUGACGAGAUCCACUCCAGUUCAUACAAUAUAUGCUUUAUCUGGUGAUCUUCCUGUAAAAUUUAGAGCGAAAUUUAUCACUGCGAGGGAAAUCAUUAAUCAGAAAUUUUUUAAUUAUUCCACAUAUUGUAAUUUGAACACUGAUGUUCCGGUGAAAUCGAGCUAUGGUUAUAUUUUCAAUCAAUAUGCUCACAUUUUUGAUCGCAUAAACGUUAACUGCUCUUUUGUUAGAAGCGGUCAACUACGGAUUCUUACUAACAUCUUACCUGAUAAGAAAUCUAAUCUUUCGAGGGAACAAAUAAUGUCGACUUACAUGGAGAAAAUAUAUAAUUAUAAGCUAAAUGAUUUUAAUAUUUAUGCUACUGAUGCCUCUCUGGCUGAAAAUGCUGCUGGCUGUGCUAUUAUUGAUGUCUCCAAUGAUGCUGAAUAUUUGUUUAGAAUUGCUCAUAGAACUUCUAGUAUGUUUGCGGAACUGUGUGCUAUUAGUAGGGCUAUCGAUUCUGCUAUCUCUGCUAGUGUUGAAAAGUUGGUAAUUUUCACGGAUAGUCUUUUGUCGUGUCAAGUCUUGAAUGUAUCCACUACGAAGAACUAUUGUGUUGCUUCUAUUCACAACAAAAUUAGAAACUCUCAAAUUAGAGAAUGUCAUCUACUUUGGACGCCCAGUCAUGUGGGUAUUGAUAUCAAUGAAAGGGCUGAUGCUGCUGCUAAAAAUGCUACUUCUAUUGGUGCUGAUUUGGUAGUUGACCUCACUGCUGAUGAGGCUAUUCGCUGUAUACGUGAUUGUCUAUAUGAGGAUUGGAAUUCUGAAUAUGUGGAGCUUUCUCGUGAGAAGGGAAGGUUUUUUGCUAAUAUAUAUCCUAAUGUACCGAGAAAACCCUGGUUCUAUGGAAAUCAUGGGCUUGAACCUGCUGCUGUUAAAAUUCUUAAUAGACUUAUGACUGGACAUACUUUUGGUAAAAUGUAUUUGAACAAAAUUGGCGUAAUUAACUCUUAUCUUUGUGAUGUGUGCAAUGUGAACGAGACUUGA